UUUUCGCUUUUCGCUUUUCUCGGUUCCCUUCCCCCAAAAAGGACUCGAGACAACGAGGUAGGCACAAAGAAACUGAAAGACCCUGCGCAGAGAGCGAGAGCGAGAGCGAGAUAGGGUAGAGAAAUGAGCGCGGAUUCAUAAGAAACUGAAAGGUCCUACGGAGAGCGAGUGAGAGAGAGAAUGGGAAGGGAAAUGAGGGUGGAUUCAGUAGAUCCUGAGGAAAGGCCAGGCAUCUUAUUGGUUGGGGCCCCAAAUGUUGGAAAGCGCACAAUUCUCUCAAGGAUGCUUUCAACAGAUUUUGUCUCUGAUUCGUCAUAUGAGCCUUCUUGCUAUGGGUGGACCAUCGAUACAAAGUAUUACGCAGCUGAUGUUUCUAUAUGGAUGUCACAUCUUGAAACUGGAACGAUUAUGGAUACUUCCCCAAUUGCCAAUCACUUAGCAGCACUGGUGAUGGUCUUCGACAUGAACAAUAUGUCAUCAUUUGGGGUUCUCCGAGAAUGGGUUUCUUCUGGUGUGGACAUCGAAAAUUUUGAUAUAUUAUUGUGCAUUGGGAACAAAGCAGAUCUUUUGCCCGGUCACUUUGCACAUGCAGAGUAUCGAAGGCGAUUACAGAAGCUUGGGGAAUCCUCCAGCGAUCCACACCCUGAAUUCAUGGACUACGGAAUCCGUGAGACUGAUGGAAGCAGCUUGUUGGGGGAAGAAGAAGAUGAACAAUCCUCAGAGAUCAAGAAAUCAUGCUUGGAAUGGUGUGGAAAACAUGGUAUCGAAUACGUUGAAGCGUGUGCAGCCAAUGCUGACUUUGAUAGAUGUUUGUCAAUAGAUGGUGAUCUACAAGGCAUUGAACGACUCCUAGGAGCUCUUUCUGCCCACAUGUGGCCUGGAAUGAUCAUGAAAUCUAUGAAAAACAAACUGGACAUGCAUCCUCCUAUUGACAGAGAUGCAGAUUUCUCAGAUGACUCAGAGUUCGAGAUUGAAUAUGAACGGCUAUCCAAUGGCUCUGCAGAACCAUGGGAUCACAUGGAAAACUCAUCAGCUUCCUUUAACACCCCAACUGAAUUGUCGGUCUCAAGAGAACUAAUAAACGAAGUUGGUAGUGAGUUACAAGUCCGCUCCUUAACCGAUGAGGCUAAGGUUGAGUCCUUGACUGCAACAGGAGGCCUAAUUUCUAAACAAGAAGAACCAGCUAAUAGGGAGGCUGAAAACUCUAGUUCUAAACAAGAAGAGACAAUUAUUAAGGAGGCUGAAGACUCUAAUUUUAAUCAAGAAGAGCCAGGAAUUAUGGUGACUGAUGAUCCUCUGUCUAAACAAGAAGACUCGGUUAUGAGAGAGACUGAAGAUCCUCAUUAUAGACAAGAACCUGUUAUUAGGGAGGUUGAAAAUGGUAAUUCAGAGGAAAUCAUAGAGGGUGGUAGGGAUGAGAAUUUGGAGCAAUUGAUGUGUGAGAUUAGUCAUAUGCGUGAGAAUUUGAGGUUGAUGCCUGAUUUUCAGCGGAGGGAGAUGGCUGCAAAGCUGGCCAUGAAAAUGGCUGCAAUGUUUGAUGAUGGAGAUGAGGAUGACUCUGACUGAUGCCAGUGGCGGGAUAGAUACUGAGAAGUGGUAAUUAGAUAGGCGAAGUAUAAUUUGAGGCCUGUCCAUUUGAGAAAAGGAUUCCAAGGUAUUUGAACCUUUGGGUUAAACCAGAUGCCUCCCUCUUCUGCCAUGCCCCCCCCAACGUCCCCCUCUAUUUCUCUCUCUCUCUCUCUUACGCACAGGUUACUGACAAGUCUGGGAGGUUGUGUUCAACUUUCUUAGUGUCCUUUUAUUAAGAAUUUCAUGAGUGAAGUACAUUUUCUAUGCCAUCUGUUGUAGAUUUUCUUGGAGGGCAGAUGUUGCCAAUUAUCUUGUGAAGUACAGCAUGUUUGGAGGCC